AUGAGUAGUGGGUUCCGUCUCUUGUCGCUUGUGCGACCUUUUAUGUCGGUGCUGCCUGAGGUGUCGGCGCCUGAACGCAAGGUGCCGUUCCAGCAGCGCGUCAUGUGGACUGCCAUUGUCCUGGCCAUUUACCUGGUAUCGUCGCAGAUUCCAUUGUACGGCAUCAUGUCGAGUGAUAGCUCUGAUCCGCUCUUCUGGAUGCGUGUCAUUCUGGCGUCGAACCGUGGUACGCUCAUGGAACUCGGUAUUUCGCCCAUCGUGACGUCGGGUAUGAUUAUUCAGUUGCUUGCGAGCGCCAACCUCAUCCAGGUAGACUUUAGCCUGCGUGAGGACCGCGCGCUGUACGGUGGUGCUCAGAAGUUGCUUGCAUUGAUCUUGUCCCUCGGUCAGGCGACCGUGUAUGUGCUGACUGGUCUCUAUGGCCCGCCCAGCGAACUCGGCGCUGGUGUGUGUCUCCUGCUGAUUCUCCAACUGGUCGUGGCCGGUUUGAUCGUGAUUCUUCUGGACGAGCUCUUGCAGAAGGGCUACGGUCUUGGCUCGGGUAUCUCGCUGUUCAUCGCUACUAACAUCUGUGAGACCAUCGUCUGGAAGGCUUUCUCCCCGACGACGGUCAACACGGGUCGUGGCCCCGAGUUUGAAGGUGCGAUUGUGGCUCUGUUCCACCUCCUGUUCACGUGGAACAACAAGUCGCGUGCGCUCAAGGAGGCCUUCUAUCGCGAGCGCCUGCCGAAUGUGUCCAACUUGGUCGCGACUCUGGCCAUCUUCCUGAUUGUGAUCUACCUGCAGGGCUUCCGCAUUGAGAUCCCCAUCAAGUCGACCCGCGUCCGUGGCCAGCAGGCCACAUUCCCCGUGAAGCUGUUCUACACGUCGAACAUGCCAAUUAUGCUCGUGAGUGCGCUCACGUCGAACUUCUUCAUCAUCAGCCAGAUGCUUGCUACGCGCUUCCCGUCGAACUUGUUUGUGAAGAUGCUCGGUAGCUGGGACCGCAUGGACGACAGCCCGCAGCUCCACGCUGUGAGCGGUAUCGCUUACUACCUGUCUCCGCCGACGAGCAUGAGCGCCUUGGUGCGUGAUCCGAUCCACGGUGUGAUUUACAUUGCCUUUAUCCUGUCGUUCUGCGCCGUCUUCUCGAAGAUCUGGAUCGAGGUGUCGGGUAGCGGCCCUCGUGAGAUUGCGAAGCAGCUGAAGGACAACAACAUGGUGAUUGCUGGUCACCGUGAGGGUGGUAUGUACAAAGAGCUGAAGCGUGUCAUCCCUACUGCGGCGGCCUUCGGUGGUGCGCUCGUGGGUGCGCUCACGGUGGUCGCUGACCUUUCCGGUGCGCUGGGCUCGGGUACCGGUAUUCUGCUGGCUGUGACCAUCAUCUACUCGUACUUUGAGAUGGGUAUUAAGGAGUCUAUGGGUACGGAUGCGGGUCCGUUGGCCGAUAUGGUGGGCUAA